AAGAUUACCGUGAGAGUGAAAGAGUAGAACGCUGACUUCAAUUUCAUGGAGAAGACAGAAAAUUGAGCUAAGAUCUAUGAGGAGGAGAAAAUGCGCGGUUACACCCAACUCAAUGCAAGUUUCAAACUUUUUGGUGUCGCGGAAAUCAAUCACUAUGACACUGUUUCCAAGACUCAUCUUCAUCGAGCACCAACGGCAUCGCCUUUUCAACCUCACAUGCAUUUUCUCUGCUUCUUCUUCUUCUUCUUCUUCAUCUCAAUAUCGUUAUCUUCGUUCCUCUCCGUUUUCCUCCGCCACCACCCCUUCCCCGCAGACGCAAACUGACGACCCCGCCCACCGUGGAACAUCCCCGCGCACGAGGUGGAGCACUUACGGAGACAUUUUUGACAGCCACACCAAAAGAGCCCCCGCAAUCAGUGAUCAUGAACUAGAAGAACAUGAAGAAGAAAAACAACUGAAAGAAGAAGAACGAAAAGUAGAAGAAGAAGAAGAUAGUAUUGAAAAACUUCGUCGUGCUCUCGAAAAACGUGAGAGGAGCAGAGUGAAGACCGUCAGCACAGUAAAUAAUGAACUAGAAGAGCAUGAAGAAGAUAAACAACUGAAAGAAGAAGAACAAGAAGUAGUAGUAGAAGAAGAAGAAGAUGAGGAGGAGGGAGAAGAAGAAGUUGAAGAACCUCGUCGUGCAAUCACAAAACAACGUGAGAGAAGCAGAGUGAAGACCGAGAGCUCAAUUCAUGGUGGAGAUGUUCUUCCGGAGAGAAUCAUUAGCACCAAGAGAAGCGGCGGCGCGAAGGCGAAGAAGCAGUGGCUUUGCUCCAAUUGCGGGUACACAGCUGGGAAAUGGUGGGGGAUAUGCCCCUCCUGCGAGUUAUCUGGUACAAUGAGGGAGUUUCAUGAGGCCAAGGUUACUGAUGCUGAUAAAAGCAGGGCCAAAAGUGGCUUGGCGGUUUGCGAGGAUACCAUCCGGUUGUGGCUCCCUCAGAACGCUGCCGAGUUGCGUCCUAUCAAAUUGGAGGAGGUAAACAAAGGAUUCAGUCACAAGCAGUGGAGAAUCCCUUUGCCUGGUACUUUCGGAACUGAAGUUUCCACUGUGCUUGGUGGCGGUCUUGUACCAGGCUCGUUGACUCUAGUUAGUGGUGAUCCUGGUAUUGGCAAGAGUACUCUAUUGUUACAGAUGGCAGCAAUGAUAGCAAAGGGUUGCAGUGAAGGCAAAGCGUCUCGAGUUUUAUACGUAUCUGGUGAAGAGAGCCUUGAGCAAAUUGGUAACAGAGCAGAACGCCUUGGGAUUAAAUCAGAUAUAUAUUUAUAUUCAAGUACUGAUAUUGAGGAUAUAUUGAAGAAAGCUCAGCUUCUCUCUCCUCGUGCUAUGGUUGUUGAUUCAAUACAAACUGUUUAUUUGAAAGGGCUAUUAUCAAGUGCUGGAGGUAUUUUGCAGGUGAAGGAAUGUACAGCGGCUUUGAUGAGAUUUGCAAAAACAACUAACAUCCCAAUUCUAUUGGUUGGGCAUGUGAACAAAAGUGGAGAUGUAGCUGGACCUCGUGUCUUGGAGCAUAUUGUUGAUGUUGUUUUGUAUUUGGAAGGUGAGAAGUGUUCUUCCUACCGUAUGCUCCGUGCUGUGAAAAAUCGGUUUGGAUCCACUGAUGAGCUUGGAGUUUUUGAGAUGGUACAAUUGGGACUCAAGGCUGUUCCGAAUGCCUCUGAAAUAUUUAUCACUGAGCAACCAACACAUUCAGAAGUUUUAACUGGAAUAGCUGUUACUGUACUAAUGGAUGGUUCAAGAACUUUCUUAAUUGAAAUUCAGGCACUUUGCCUUUGUCCUUCCCCCAUUCCAACUUCCUCAGUGGAUCUACAAGUUAAUGGGAUCUCUACAAAAAGAGCUACUAUGAUAAAAUGUGUUCUUAUAAAGCAAGCAGGACUUAAGCUCCAAGAUAAUGCUGUGUUUUUGAAUGUUGUUGGUGGAUGGACACUUGCAGAGACUGCUGGAGAUCUUGCAAUAGCAGCUGCAAUUUGUAGCAGUUUCAUGGAGUUCCCUAUCCCAAAAGGUGUUGCAUUCAUAGGCGAAGUUGGCCUCGGUGGAGAGCUGCGCAUGGUCCCAAGAAUAGAGAAAAGGGUAAACACGGUGGCAAAGCUAGGCUACAGAACUUGUGUUAUACCAAAGCAAGCUGAAAAGGUUUUAGAAACUGAAGGUCUAGGAAAUAUGAGAGUUAUAGGUUGCAACAAUCUGAAAGAGGUUUUGGAUGCUAUAUUCAUCAUAGAAUGAAAGGUUGCUAGUGUUGUGAAUAACUUGUAAUUUUUCAUCCAUUAUUAUCACUUGGUGUUGUAGUAAUAUAGGCAUCGUACUCUGCCCUUUUGUUCACAUGUUUAAUCAGAGUCUUUUGUGGAUGUGUUUAGCUGUCUGAUGUUUGGUUUUCAG